AUGAUUCUGAAUAUCACCGGACAAGAUACUUUGAUACCAAGUUUUAGAGAGAUCUUAGGUAGCACAUUGUUCUUCGCAUUUUUGGGUAUACCAUUAUCGUUCCUUACUGUCUUACGAUGGGUGGUCAACUUCUGUCUGAGCCUUCGAUGGACUUUCACAAACAUCGUGGUGAUCUUGAUCACUAUCAGUGCACUUUCCUGCAUAUUCCUCGCUGGGGCGGAUAGAUCCGGCAGGAGCGAUCAUACACAUGAUCAGACUUGGUACAACAAAUAUCAACGCUACAAUCAUUUAUCACCUAUUCCCUCGGAAGAUGAAGUCGUUCGAGCAAAGAGAAAUGGAAGAGCGGCAGCGAUCCACGCGAGGGGGCGAUACACUCACAGGAAGUAUCCUUGA